AUAUAUAGUGCCAAUUGCUGCUUCAAGAACGGCCGGGUGAACCACAGAGCGACAUCUAGAAUAUUGGAGGUCACUUCGCGUCGAUCUAGAAGGCGAUCCACUGCCACGGUCCUCACAGGCGCCGCCAAGCGGCUUGUGCGGUCGUGGUUCGCGUAAAAGCAGAGAUCGGCUAUAAAGCUCUGGCGAGUAGGAGACUCACCCGACAGAUGGCGCCAACAUUACUAUUCGUUACAAUAUGGGUAAGGGCCAACAGCAGCCAGGCAGUGGUGGAGGAGGCAGUGCGUUAGGAAAUGACGAUCAUCACCAUAUUUCAAACAACAACAAAUGGUCAUCGAUGAGCCCGACAUCUCAAGCGUCUUCCUGCAACACCGCCCUCUUGGUACAACAAGCUAAUAAGGUGCUGCAAUCUCACCAUCAGCCGAGCCAUUUGCAGUCCCACCACCACGCCGCCCUUUCGUCGCCGUUCACGUCACUUUUAGGGGCGGCUGCAGGAGGCGCAGCCAGUUACCUCCUCGGCGAUCACCUCAAACCGACUGCGGCCAAUCAUUUGUUUUAGAUGUCGAUCUCACUAUGUUCGACAUCAUAAUAUGGGCUGAAGAAACGUUGAGCUUCUGUUGAGUGAGAAACGUAAUAAUACAGGGUGGCCGAUACGUAACUGACUGGCUUGUAACUUUUGUAAAAUGAAAUAAAGUACGUCCAUUUUUUUCAUCUUAAUCUUUUAUUGAAAUUAUGUGUGAAAAAUAAUGUCAGACAGUUUCCAUCACAUUUCGGGAGGAAUAUUUUCAAUCGCUUCCGUAACAUUGUUGUUCAGCUGCUUUAUAGUAUAGUACAGGGUAUAUAGUAUAUACAGGGUGACUUUGAAGUUGAGUCAUUAAUUUUCAGAUAAUGAUUGUAGAAGGAAGAUAAACCAAAAUAUGUGUG